GCCCACCGGCCGCAAGCUCCGCCGGGGCCGGGCUGACGGAACGGAGGAGCCCCGAAGUUGUGGAGCGGCCGGCGCGGGGGCCAUGUGGCUGCUGUGGCUGCUGCUGGGCUCGGCGGAGAGCCAACUGUUGCCUGGGAAUAACUUCACAAAUGAAUGCAACAUUCCUGGAAACUUCAUGUGCAGUAACGGGCGCUGCAUCCCGGGGGCCUGGCAGUGUGAUGGGCUGCCAGACUGCUUUGAUGACAGUGAUGAGCGAGAAUGCCCAAAAGCCAAAUCCAAGUGCGGUGCUACAUUCUUCCCCUGCGCUAGUGGGAUCCACUGCAUCAUCGGCCGUUUCCGCUGCAAUGGCUUCGAGGACUGUCCCGAUGGCAGCGAUGAAGAGAACUGCACAGCAAAUCCCUUGCUUUGCUCUACUGCCCGAUUCCACUGUAAAAAUGGUCUUUGCAUUGAUAAGAGCUUUGUGUGCGACAGUCAAAAUAACUGUCAAGACAACAGUGAUGAAGAAAGCUGCGAAAGCCUCCAAGAGGCAGGUAGCGGCCAAGAUUAUGUGACCUCAGAAAACCAGCUGCUCUACUACCCUAGCAUUACCUACGCUAUCAUCGGCAGCUCCGUCAUUUUUGUUCUUGUGGUGGCCUUUCUUGCCUUAGUCCUGCAUCACCAACGGAAACGCAACAAUCUUAUGACCUUGCCAGUGCAUCGACUGCAGCACCCUGUCCUGCUGUCCCGGCUGGUGGUCCUUGAUCACCCGCACCACUGCAGCGUCACCUACAACGUCAACAAUGGGAUCCAGUACAUGUCCAGCCAGGCCUACCACAGGCCAGUGGACCUGGAUUCUCCACCAUCCUAUUCAGAGGCUGUGCUCGACCAGAGCAGACCACCUUGGUUUGACCUUCCUCCACCACCUUAUUGUUCUGAAUCUGAAUCCCCUAAUCAGCCAGAUCUUCCUCCUUACCGAUCUCGGACAGGAAGCUUGGCGAGCACAGAUACCCCCAUGGCAGGAAGCCCUCUGGGAACAGCUGGCAGUUGGACAAGAGACAUCCAUGACAGUAUGGAUGGCCACAGAACUCUUCUUGAGAGGACAGCAGAUCAAAAUGAUUCUCUGGUCAACCACGCUGCUGAAAGAGAAGUAUAACUGCUCCAGGAUUUGUGAUGGGCAGGAAGGCAUUUACUUUUUCAAGUCCAUAUGGGUUAAUCUGCUGUGGCUAAUAGGUUUCAGGGGGACAUGUGCCUGAAUGAUGACUUGAUUUGAAUCCGCACUAAGUUAAUGUGUGAAUUGAGCAUUUUGGGCUCAUCAGAGGCAGGGCUGCAAGAGCUAAACCUAGAGUCACGUCAGCUCUCCACAAUAUUUGAGCAAGCAAGUUUUGGUUCAGACUACUAAGAGAAACGUCAGUUCUGUGUCAAAGAACUGAUGUGAUGUCUUUCUUGGACUAUAUACUGUGUAUGAAUGUAUAUAUGUGCUUGUAUAAUAGAGAUGUUGCACACACAAACUUUGCCAGAAGGACUGUUGUUUUCAGACUGCCUCCCGUCCUAUCGACAUGUGAGCUGUUUCUUCUUACUGCCUGGUGCCAACUGGUGGUCCUUGAAGCACAUGAGAUGCAGUCUGGAGAUCUGGUGUCCAAUGCUAGCCCACUAGCAGUGCUCAAAUUGCAGAAAAUGUCCUACUUGACCCUUCUCUUCAUGACCUGGAACAUUCUUACUGUGAAUGUAAUUUUCAGAGUUUAAGCUCAUGAGGAUACAACAAAUCUUUAACUGAGCAAGAUGGGUUUUUUCCCAGAUGCUAAUAUCUAGGCUGAAUUUGCAUGGGUUUUCUUAGGAGCACCACAAAGGUUGGCUUAUGUGUCAAGCUUCAAGGCUGAGUACAGUGGCACUGAAGCUUCUCAAAAAAGCAGUGCAAGACUUCUUUUCAAGAGUGAAAAAAGCAACAUUAGGCCAUGCGUUCCUUCUUAAAAAAAGAAACAAAACCAAAACCAACAAACAACCCAAACAAAACCAACCAACCAAAAAAGUCCCCCACAACCAAACAAAACCCCCAAAAAGGCUAACCCGCGCCACCCCACCCCACCCCCCGCUCUUGCAGUUUAAUCUUGAAUACUAAAACCAGCUUGAGGCAAAAACUCAUUACAGAAAGCUUUAAUGUGAAUGACUAGUGUGUUAUAUUUGUAAAAUAACUGAAAACAGGUCAUGCGGUGUUGGGCUUGUCAGCCCUGUCUAUAGCAUGUAUACACAUGUUUAAUACUAUAUGUAUGCCUAUAAGUAGUGUGUUGCACAGGUUUAGUUCAACUGCACCACUAGAACUCUAAAAUGUCAAAAUUCCACCAUUAUUCACGUUCAUUUGGUUGAAAACCAGAAUUAUUUGUGCCUGUUUUGUCCUGACUCUUGGAAUGGUCUCCUGUGAAGUGUUUAUUAGUGCACAGUGUUGAAUUACCUGGGUGAAAGCAUCUAAGAGGUAAAGGCGGCAAGAGGGAAGGUAAAUUGUGCAUUUAAAUGCCACCGCAGUGCUGUGUACAGAAAACUAUGCUUAGUUACAGGAAACAAUGCAGCAUGUUCCUCUUGACCGGAGGGAAAUUGGCCUUGAAAAAUUAUUUGUAUUUAUAUAUUGGACACAUUUCCCACUUCUCCUUCAGUGUAAUGAACAGUGUCAUUAAACAGACUUUGCUGUUCAUUGGAAAUGAAAGAAGCUGACUGCCCGCACCUCCUGCUUUCUUCCUCCCCAUCUUUCUAAGGUAACAUCUUUUGCCCAAAGGUUAUAUGCUCAGAACACAAGAAGUUUUGAGCUUGAGUGUAAGUAGGGGAACGGCUCGAAUUCGGUCUCAGUUCCCACACAUACACCUGAAUUUAUUUUCUGUGGAGUUUUGGGUUUUUUAUAAUUUCCAGUUCUGGAGUCUACUGCCAUGGUAUGGAAGAGGCAGGGUCCAGGCAGAUUUACAAGCAUAGGUCAUACCAGGACUGAGAUGACAUGGUGGGAAGUGCUGGAGAAUUCUAAUGCUGAUGGGCUUCACUGCCUUUGGAAGCAGAUUAAUGGCAGCCUUUCAUUACAGGCUUGCUGGGAGCUCAAGCAAUGUAAUUACACUGCCCUUCACAGAGCAGGACUUAGCUAAUUAAUGACUCCGACUCAAUAGGCUGACUGUUGUCAUCGUCACAUAGCAGUUAUUCUUUAUUUCAGAGGUAUGUUAAACUCAGGUACAUAGCUGAGUUAAUAGUAAAGGUGGGUAGAGGGGUGUCUCCUGUGAGCACUGGGCCCUGCUGUCCGCUCUUGAUUUUUGUUUGAGUUCUGCUGAAGCCUCUGUAAGAGAGCUACAUAAUGCUGUAUCAGAAUUAGCCUUCACGUUUUUCUGUUGCAAUUUUAAAAACAUCAUGUUGGGCUGUAAAACGUACUGUUGAAGAGUUUGGAGUAGCUUCAUUGGAAUUAACCACCUUUUUAAUUUUGAAGUUACCUCAGGCUGUAUUAGUGAAACUAAAUCAUUGUGUCCUGUGUAACUUACACAGCACAUAUCCCUCAUGCAAGCCUUCCAUGGGGGACUGCAUUUCACCAUGUGCAUUCUAAGACACCAGGGUGUGUGAAAACCAAAAAUUGUUUGCCUGUGGGAUCUGAAAAACAUUGCCUUGCUUUGCUAAGAAGUAGGAAAAGAGUGGACAUAGCCUGCUUCUUCUGCCUUCUGUGUCAGGCACUGUUAUAUAUGUACAUAAAUAUAUAUAUAGAUAUAUAUAAAAAUAAUACUCUUUCAGGUUGUAUAUAUUCACGAAACUUUUGCAUUGAGAUAAUCCAUUUGGACCUUACAAAAAAAGAAAAAGAAGGAAAAAAACAUUCUAAAUGGUGUGACGUUUUCCCUUCCAGUUAAGGGUAUAUUUAUCUUUGUAUAGGAAUCUUCUAGUUUUUGAGAACACAAGUUACAAAAGGAGAUUGUGCCUUUCUGAUUGAAUGUUAAUAUAGGAGUUUGUUAACCACAUUUCUGGCUGUUGUUACAUAUCAUUGUCUAGAGACCCAAAAAGAGAAAUAAGUCGUGUCUUCCUCUGUUAUUACUUAUGGGGACCACUGAACUUUGAGGAGCACAGAGGUUUAGUAUCUUGUUCCUAAAAGGCAUGCUAAAACUUUUAAGGAGGAUUUUCAUCUUUCUCCAGUUUGCUGGUUUGUAGAACAGAUUUGCUAGCUGGUUUCUUCAGAAAUUGCUGUAGUAUCACGCAGAAAUUGUUUAUAACAUGUCAAUUCUAGUACUGUUAAUACAGCGUUAUACUGCAUUAUUCAGUGGCAUCUUUGGGAAAGUGUGAUAGCAACAACCAUACUGGUGAAAUGAAAUAUUUCAUUGAAAAUCCACAGCUUGUAAAGCUGAAGUUAAAUGUUCAUGAAAUACCGUGUGGUAGAAUUUCUUUCCAGUAGCUGGUAAUACUGUUUGCAGUUCCUCUUAGCCAUUUAAUUGGAGGUCAGUCCUCCAGGAGCUUUCCUUUAUACAUAAUAUUUAAAUAAAUGGAUGUUAUUUCAAAGACCUAUUCUUACAAAAGUAAAACUGAUGAAAGUUUUCUUCCAGAUCCAGAUUCGCUUUCCACAUCUGUAUUGAAUGGUAACCACUGCAAUGAGUAACUCUCUUUAGCACAGGUAUUAAUAUAAUUGAUUCCAAAAAACCAAAUUGAAUCCCAGACUGCUUUGGGUUGGAAGGGACCUUAAAGCUCAUCUAGUUCCAACCCCUGCCAUGGGCAGGGACACCUUCCACUAGACCAGGUUGCUCCAAGCCCCAUCCAAUCUGGCCAUGAACACUGCCAAGGAGGUGUAAUAAACAGUAAGAUUUGGGUUAUGUAAAAAUAAACAAAUUUCAGGAGUUUUGAGUGUCUGUAACCUCUGCUGAAGUCAGAGUGCUGUGCGUUUAAAAUCAGGCCCUUAGCGAAUCUGCUUGAUAACAGUCUAAAGUUCCUUGUAAGGCAAAUUACAAUUUACCUUUCUGGUAUUGUGCUAAUGGAAAACUGGCAGUAAUGCUUUUAAAAGAGACCCUGUGAAUAAUUUUCUCGGCUCUUGUCUACAGCAACAUACCUGACAACACUGACUGCAUUGCAAUUUUUAAAUAACUCUGCAUUUAUUCUUCCUCUCCUUUCAAGUCAAAUCAGUUUUAUUUACACCACUUCACUUUGAUACAGCUAAUACGGCCCUUGUGAUAGAUUUAGAAGCUAGGAGGAAAGAGAUGAUGACUCUCAUUGUAAUUAAUGCUGCAGCUUGUUAAUCUUGUGUGCUUGACUUUUUAGACAUCUUAGGAAAGACAAAUGUUUUUAGUAGAUAAGAAAAACUAUUAAUGAUGAAAAGGAUAGUGGGACACUGAUUCUUAAUUUCAUUUCUAAUGAAUAUUUAAAAUUGUAUAAAUGAAGAGUUUAAUGCUGUAUUUGCAAUGUGGUGACUGGAUGGCAAGUACUGUUUCUAACUGUGGCUCAUUGGAAGCUACUUUGCAUAUAAUGCCUGGAACUAAAAUAGUAAGACAAGUGCUCUUCUUGCAGUUCAUACUAGGUGUGACAUAUUUUUCAUUAACACAAGGCUAUAUUGCACUUGUGGACUACAAUAUGGAGUGCAGAAAGAAUGUUAGCACUGUGCUGGAUCUGCCUGAAUGUAUCCCAGAACAGGGCUGUGGCCUUCAUUGUCCUUUUUUUCUUUUUUUUUUUCCUUCUUCUUUUUGAUAUUUGAGGGUUAUUGUCAACUUGAAAUGGACACGUUGAAACCCAACCCCCAACCUUGUCUUAAACUUUUGUAAACUGCAAAUCUUCUAAAAUGUAUUCUGUAUUCCUGAAUAAAGUCGGUGUUUUAAUACUGUU